UUUUUUCUUCAAGCUUUUAAUUAAAGUUUUCUUGGCUCUCCUAACUCAUUUCUAUAUUGUCAAAGGAAAUCGAAAAGAAGCAGCUAGGAUAGCAGAAGAGAUCUAUGGUGGAAUUUCAGUUUGCCUCCAGGAUUCUCUUUCAAAAUAGGCUUAUGCUAUGUGAUUCCAACACACUAGAUUAGUCAACAACAGUCUUAUUCAAACAAAUAAGACCUUCAAAGGAGGAGCAUCAGAAUGCUUCAAUUAACCAGGGAAAUUGAGAAGAAUUUCGAAGUGUCAGAAAAUAUCCGAAGGCCUGGACUGUGGAAAGAGAUUUCUUUUGGGGAUUACAUUUGUCACACAUUUCAGGGAGACUGCUGGGCUGAUCGAUCCCCACUUCAUGAAGCUGCAGCUCAGGGACGCUUACUGGCCCUUAAAACUUUAAUUGCACAAGGUGUCAAUGUGAACCUUGUGACAAUUAACCGGGUCUCUUCUCUUCAUGAGGCAUGCCUUGGAGGUCACAUGGCCUGUGCUAAAGCCUUGUUGGAAAGUGGUGCCCACGUCAAUGGAGUGACGGUUCAUGGAGCCACGCCUCUCUUCAAUGCAUGCCGUAGUGGCAGCAUCGCGUGUGUCAAUGUGCUGCUGGAGUUCGGAGCCCAGGCCCAGCUCGAGGUGCACUUGUCCUCACCCAUCCACGAGGCAGUGAAGAGAGGUCACAGAGAAUGCAUGGAGAUUCUGCUGGCAAAUAAUGUUAACAUUGACCAGGAGGUGCCUCAGCUCGGAACUCCCCUGUAUGUGGCCUGCACCUACCAGAGGGUAGACUGUGUGAAGAAACUUCUAGAAUUAGGAGCCAGUGUUGAUCAUGGCCAAUGGCUGGACACCCCCCUGCAUGCAGCAGCGAGGCAGUCCAGCGUGGAGGUCAUCUGCCUGCUAACUGACUAUGGGGCUAAUCUGAAGCUCAGAAACGCUCAGGGCAAAAGUGCACUUGAUCUGGCAGCUCCGAAAAGCAGUGUGGAGCAGGUGCUCCUGCUCCGUGAAGGCCCGCCAACUCUUUCCCAGCUCUGCCGCCUGUGUGUCCGGAAGUGCCUGGGCCGAGCAUGUCAUCGAGUGGUCCACAAGCUAUGUCUGCCAGAGCCGCUUGAAAGAUUCCUUCUAUACCAAUAAUCCUAAUUGUUCCUGGGAAAAUACUUGGGAAUAUGUUGUUGUUUACUGUCCCAAGGGUACCUACUGGAGAUUCUGUAUCUUUAAAUGAGCUCAGCCAGUUAGUUAGAGUAAAUUCCUUAUGAUCUGGGACACUUGAGGAGUGGAAACUCUUGGUUAGUUUAAUGUUCUUAUCAACCAAAUGAUAUUUAAAAAUCUUUUAGUUUUUAGUUCUUCUUGUUAAGAAACUUUAAAAACCUAUGAUGUAGGGUGGCGCCUAUGGCGCAAAGGAGUAGGGUGCCGGCCCUAUAUGCCAGAGGUGGUGGGUUCAAACCCAGCCCUGGCCAAAAACUGCAAAAAAAAAAAAAACCCCAAACAACAACAACAACAACAACAAAAAAGGAUGUAGAGUGAAAAUGGUAGGGAUUCAGCAGCUUCACAUACCCGAGGGUCAACAUUCUGAAUACUUCAUUGACACAUGUGAAUAUGGGUGGACAAGAUGAUAAUGAAUGUUAAGUUUUCUAAGACAUGCUCCUGAUUUAGUUCAUCCCUUCUGCCCCAUGUUUGUUUCUUUGAAUAAAUCUCUC